UCAUGUACUCACUCCGCCACCUCCCCCCUCUCUCUCCUUAACCGAAGAUAAGAUCCGCUCCUCUCUCCCUCUCACUCUCUUUCUCUCGGCCAUGGCUUCCGAUCUCUCCCAGGUGAGAUCUCGAGUCUCUACCGCACCACUUUGAUCACAGAUCCAGAGCUCUUCGGGCCGCAAAUGGCUUUCUAGGGUUUGGAUCCGUGCCUCUCUUCUUGGGUUCUUUUUCACCCUUUUUAUUCUCUCAGCUUCUCACAGAAGUGGUGCCUUUGAUCUCAAAAUCUGAGUUUUUAGAUAUAUUCUUUCCUUCCACGUGCUAGGGUCUGGAAAUUUGCAGCUCAUUUCGCUGUUUUUUUUUUCCCCUGAAUGAGACCAUUGUGUCUGAGCUGUGAUGGAGAUUCGAAUUUAAUUAUAAUCGUUUUAGGAUUUGGGUUUCGUUGGUGCUGCCAAAUUAGGGUUCUGAUCUCCGUUUCUAUUGUAUUUUAGCUAUAAGUUUACAUGGAUUAUAGCAGCAACGCCAUAGAGAUCAUUCCGGAGGCUACUGGCCCUGAACUCUGGGCUCAGGCAUCCGAUGAUCAGGCUGUAUGGGCGACCGAGGAUGACUACCGGAGUUGGAAGGGAGAACCCUCUGCAGAUACUGCGUCAAAUCCGGCCUAUGGUGAUCGCCAGUCUCAGACAAAAUCCCGGGCUGGAGGCGAGCAGCCCCCGAGCAAGAAGCCACGGGAUUCUUUGGAAGGAAAUGGGUCGAUGAGCAAGUCGAGAGCGAUUGGGAAAAUGUUCUUUAAGACCAAGCUCUGCUGCAAGUUCCGAGCCGGGACGUGCCCCUAUAUCACGAACUGUAAUUUUGCGCAUGGAAUGGAGGAGCUCCGGAAGCCCCCGCCCAAUUGGCAGGAGAUUGUGGCCGCGCAGGAGGAGGGGGCGGAGCCAAGGGAGGAGCAUCAGAUACCUAUUCUGACUUCUUCUAGUUUGGGCGGGGAUGGACAGAGGUCUUAUAAAGGGAGGCACUGCAAGAAGUUUUACACUGAGGAGGGGUGCCCAUAUGGAGAUAUGUGUACGUUUCUGCAUGAUGAGCAGUCGAAGGCUCGGGAGAGUGUGGCGAUUAGUCUGUCACCGACAGUUGGAGGUGGUGGAUAUGGUGGUGGAUCGAAUGGGUCGACUCAGAAGCCUUCAAAUUGGAAGACUAGGAUCUGUAACAAGUGGGAGAUGACUGGGUAUUGCCCUUUUGGGAGCAAGUGCCAUUUUGCUCAUGGGGCUGCAGUUGCAGAACUUCACAGAUAUGGUGGGGGGCUUGUGGAGAUGGAAGGUAGGGAUGCUUCUUCAGCAGCUCCAGAUUCGAAGCAGGCUGGGGUAUCAACAAAGGCUCCUGCAGACAAUGCUGUUGCAUCUGUGACAUCAGUUCCUCAUGUAGAUGUUUAUCAUAUGGGAGUUCCUUCGCAGAGGUCAACCAUUGUCAAUCAGAGGCAGGGGCUGAGUCAGGGUCAGAGGACUCUUCAGAAAUGGAAAGGGCCAGACAAGAUCAGUAGGAUAUAUGGUGACUGGAUUGAGGAAAAUGAGUAGACGCAUAGGUGAUGAUAUAGCAGGACACCUGGAUGAGAAAAUAAUAAAAGUAGUUCAUCUCUACUAACUUUAUGCUAGUAUGUUGUUUAGCCUUUAUGUCAUAAUUGCAAUGAAACUGGUGGGUUUUGUAGCUGAAGCGAUAGAAGGGAAGUGCUACGCCUUUUUUGAGUAGCUGAAUCUUAAAUAACCUGAAGGUUCCAUUAGAAAGACAGUUGCUAGUUCUUACGACCUGAGCUUGUGUAGCUUGAUGGGAAGGUGUGUAUUCUUCACAGCCUUAUGAUUUUCUACGGUCAUUCCGUAUCAUGAGAGGAAUGACCAAUUGAGUCUUUAUGGUGCUCGUGUAGUUUCACAGAAGCAGAACCAUAUGUUUACUAGAUCUUGUGCUUUGAUGACUUUGAUUGAUUAGGAGCUUACUGCUAUGUAAUAGCUAAUUGGUCUGUAUCACCAGCUGGUUCACUAUCAGGUUUCUCUGUCAGCAAGUGAAGAUGAACAAUUGAAGAAGGCUUGCCUACUUCAUGCUUUUUGGAGUCUAUGGAAGAAAAAUAUACGCAAAUGUUGCCUUGGAAAAUUCAAAGGAAAAGGAUUAUAUGUUCUCUCCGGUUAGCAGUAUGACAUUGAUAGGUAUCUAAGGAACAAUGUUGUUAUUUUGAGCCGUUUUCUUUGAAUCGUGAAGGAACGAUGACUCAUAUUCUUCAAUUGUCACUAAAGAUGCAAACCAAGUGUUUGGAACCAGAUAACUCUGGUUCCUGUUUAUUUGAGGUAAAUCAAUGUUUAGAAUUGUU